UUUGUCAGGCUCGUUAUGUCCGUCUUUCAGCCAAGCACAUCCAAAAGCCUGACAUCAACUCCUCUGAAAAGUAAAGACAUAGGUGUUUACCGGAGCAGAAGUGUGGAUAAUGACUCCCCAGAGGAUUCCACCUACUCCUUGUUGUCACCAAUUUACCAUGAAAGUUUUGAGGGCUCAGAUGAUGACCUGGACGUGGAACAGCUGCAGCAGGGGCUGAACAACUUGCGUGCUUUUCCUGAUGAGAUCAAACACACUAUUCCGCAUAGGCAUGGAAAAUCGCACAUCCAAAGGAAAGUGGCAGAAGUAAAGCUCGAUAAAUCCUCUGUUUCGCUGCAAAACCUCAGUGCCUGGGAACAGUGGCUGGUCACCAAAGCAAAAGAAGAACGUCUCAAAGUAGAGCAGAAAGCUCUCGAGGAGCUCACUCUUAAAGAGAAACAGGAGCUGGUGGAAAGGCAGAAGGUGCAAAAGAGAAAACAGACAGAGGGCAAAAUACAGGAUUGGCUUAAAAUGAAAAGAGAACUGGAAAGACAAGAAAAGGAGUGCAAGGAACGUCAAAAACAAGAAGAAGUAGAACGCGAAAAGCAGAAGCAGAGAGAAAUUGAACUAAAAGCACAAGAGAAGUACAAGGAAUGGUUACUAAAAAAGAAACAAGAGGAAAAUGAGAGAAAGGAAAGAGAAAAGGAAGAGGCAGCGCUCAAAGAGGCAGAAGAGAUGGAGCGAAGGAGGAGAGCAGAGGAGAAGUUCCAGGAUUGGCUGAGGACGCAGAACAAGAAUCGGCCCAAGCGCAACACACCCUGCCCUCAAGGCUUUGACCACCUGAACUACCCAUCUCCUAGUUUCUAUAACCCCGUUCCUUGGAAGCCCAUUCACGUUCCCCCUCCAGAGAAGCCUCCCCAGAAGAAAACGUCACGCCGCAAACUGCGGGGGCUGCCUAAACACCACUCAACGCCAUGUCUGACGUUCAGGCCUAAAGACACUCUGAGCUUUGCCUGCAAGAGGCGAUGACCCAAAAUGAGUGUUUCUCCUCCACGAGGCUGCUCUCUAGUGGUUCAGAGAAGAACUCUGACUUUCACAGGAACCACCCUUGAAGGUGCAGUGUGACUAGGGGUUUGGGCAGAAUUGUGAACAGUGACUGUGGUGGAAUAGGCUUUCAGGAUGCUCUCCUGAAAGAUUCAACUAGGUCUGAGAUCAUUCCUCUGUUUGAAAAUUAUAAAUCAGGUUAGUAGAGAAGAAAUUGUUAGUUUUUUUUUUAUCUACUAGAGCCAGCUUGAUUGUUGAAUGAAAGACAAUGUAUGAAGGUCUUGUUUUCAAACCCAAACAUUUAAAACAAAUAAGCAUAUUUCAUCAAGAAUUCAGAUUGGUAUGCAUUCG